UUCUCCGAUCUUCUCUCUUCCGACCACCGUGAGCCUCCGAUCAAACAUCUAACACGAUCAUCAUCAUCAUCAUCAUCAUCAUCAUCAAGUCACCAUUGUUGUACUUAUUCUUACCUUGUAAGUUGUACCAGAAGCUAUGGAAGUUGUACUCAGAUUGGUGGAGAGUCCUACUCCUCCCUACUACGAACCACCGCAACACCAUUCCGAUUCAUCUCGUCCGACGUUAGGGUUUCCUCUCGGCACCGCCUUACUGUUAAUCAUCAUAUUCAGCCUCAGCGGUUUCUUCUCAUGUUGUUACCAUUGGGACAAGCUCCGCCAUCUCCGAGGAUCGAUGGCCGAAGCCGAAGCUGAUUCCGAUGACUCUCCUUCCAAACCAAAUCCUACAUUCGCGGAAAAGGAUAAAUUAGAGAAACAGAGUUUACCGGUGAUAAUGCCGGGAGAUCGGAUCGCGAAGUUUAUAGCAUUGCCGUCUCCGUGUAAACCGCCGCGAGAAGAGAAAAUCACGGUGGAAGUUGUUACGGAACCACCGCUGAAACCACCGCAUAUUGUUAUUCCGAUGAAUUAAACUCAUACUGAAAUUACUUCAAUUUCCUCUGUAUAUAUCGUUCUGAAAUAUAAAAUCGAAAAUUAAUUUUAUGAUCUCG